AUGUCUUCUUUGAAUGAUGCAAAAAGACGAGCAGCAUAUAAAGCAGUAGACGAAAAUAUUACAAGCGAAAGUAAAAUUAUCGGAAUAGGCUCAGGAAGCACGGUGGUAUACGUAAUAGAAAGAAUAUUACAACGUGGUAAUUUGGUGAACAAAGAAUGUAUAUUUGUACCGACUAGUUUUCAAAGUAGACUGUUAAUUAUUGAAGGUGGAUUAAAUUUGGGAGAUAUUGAUCAAUAUUCAAAAAUUGAUGUGACAAUUGACGGAGCCGAUGAGGUUGAUGAGAAUUUGAAUGCGAUCAAAGGAGGAGGGGCAUGUCAUCUUCGAGAAAAAGUGGUAGCAGAAGCGGCGAAAAAAUUUGUAAUAGUAGCAGAUUAUUCUAAGAAAUCUAGCACCCUCGGGGAAAAAUGGAAACAAGGAGUGCCAAUUGAGGUUAUCCCAUUUGCUUAUAUGCUAGUGAUACCAUCAUUAAAAAGAUUGGGAUGUGAAAAUCCUGUGUUGCGUAUGGCAAAAUCAAAGGCAGGACCUGUUAUAAGUGAUAACGGGAAUCUUAUUAUUGAUGCGUAUUUCGGAUUAAUCAAGAAACCCAAAGAAUUAUUGGAAAAGAUCAAAUUAUUGACUGGUGUAGUUGAAGUGGGAUUAUUCGUUAAUAUGACUAAAAUGGCUUACUUUGGUAAUGAAGAUGGAAGUGUUGAUAUUAAGAAAAUUUGA